CCUUGAUUUUUAUUCAGAUUCGGUUUAGCGUUGGGGAAGUUGUUCUGGUAUAGCCACAUAUUAUAAUAUUUUAUUUGUUUAAUGUAAUGUAUAAGACAAACAUAAUAAUUAAUUUUUGAUAGAAUUUACUGACUACAAUAUUGUUAACUAUUUAUUAUGGCUUCAAAGAAUUGUAAAAGUAAUGUGUCGGAAUUACAUUCUAACUCGGACAACAUGGCUUCAAAGAACUAUAAAAGCAAUAUAGUUGAACAACUUAGAAAUUCGGACAAUAUGCCCCCAAGACAUUAUAAAACGAAUUUGUCCGAAUUUAAGUCUAACUCGGACAAAGACACUUUAAGUGAGGCUUCCGAAAGCGGCACGGGCACUAGCAAUUCUGUAACGUCAGCAGAGGAUCUGCAAAAAUUAGCAGUCAUACUUGGAUUAAAUAGUGCUGAAGAUGUAUACCAAGAAAGAUUUCGUGUCGAUAGACGUCGGUUGGAGGCAAUGCUUGCAGACAAUUUGGACGAGUCGCAAAAGGCUCAUGCUUUCUUUCAUCAGGUUAUGACGGAAACCAACACCCUUGUAAAUUGGCCUGCACGCCUUAAAAUUGGCGCUAGAUCUAAAAAAGAUCCUCAUGUACGUGUAGCUGGUUUACCCGAAAAUGUUAAGCUGGCUCGAGAGAAGAUUAUGCAGUUACUGGACACAAGGAGUAACCGUGUCACCAUGAAAAUCGACGUCAGCUACACUGAUCACUCGCACAUCAUCGGAAAGGGCGGUUUGACCAUCAAGCGCGUGAUGGAGGAGACGGGCUGUCAUAUACACUUUCCCGACUCCAACCGGACCAGUACUGUGGAGAAGAGCAACCAGGUCUCCAUUGCUGGGGACAUGGAGCGAGUGGAGAGGGCCAGGGCUCGCGUCAGGGCGUUGACUCCGCUGGUCUUCUGCUUCGAGCUGCCCAUCGUGUCUCCGUCGCAGCCGCUGCCCGACAUCAACUCCCCGUAUGUCCAGCAAGUCCAGAAACAAUACAAUGUGCAGGUAAUGCUGCGCAACCGUCCGAAACUCCACGCCAACUUGCUGGUGGUGAAGGGAGUGCAGUGGGAGGUGCAGGCCACCAUGGAGGCCACCAGUCUGCUCAUGAGCUACAUGUGCGGACCUCUCGCGAGCCAGACCAAAGUGCAGAUGUCUCUAGAAAUCUCUCCGAUGCACCACGCCGUGGUUGUAGGCCGGGGAGCUGAGCAACUCAAGGUCAUCAUGAAGGGGACUAGCACCCAGAUAAUGUUCCCGGACGCAGACGACCCCAACAUCCCGGCCAUAAAGAAGAGCUGCGUCACCAUCACCGGCAACAUCAAAGACGUGUACACUGCACGCCAGCAGCUGGUGGGCAGCCUCCCAUUGGUGGUGAUCUUCGACGUCCCGGAGACGCCGGAGGACGCGUACCGCAUCGAAAACGACACAGCCACGAAACUGAUGCACAAGCACAACGUGUACAUCAAUAUCCGGAGGAAGCCUAAACAAGGAAUCACUUCUGUGGUCAUCAAAGGGAUCGAGAGAUGUGCUGGCGACAUCUACGAAGCGCGCCGCGAACUCCUCGGCGGCGACGGCGGCUCCGUGACGGCGGAGAUCCCGGAGUCCUACAACAUCCCCGCCGUCUCCAGCUCGAUGCCCAACUUCGGCCUCUUCAACCCCUUCAGCCCCACGCACGCUGCCGCCAUCACCAACUCCCCCUGUUCCCCGUACAACAUGCAGAUUAAUGAUCUAGGAGACGAGCUGAUGAUGUGCCGCGGGCCAUCAUUCGGGCUAGGGAGCCCAGCGUUCGCCCACAGCCCCCUGGGCCAAGUGCCCCCGCUGUCGCCCCCAGCGUUCGCGUGGGGCGCCCCGUCGCCACAGCCGAGGCAGCAACAUUUCCACUAUCCGUCGCCAGCGGCUAACCCCAACAUGAUGUAUAAGCAACAACCUUGGAACCCAAUGACGGCCCCAGCUGAGAUAGGCGCGAUGCCCCAACCAGUAAUGAUGCCGCAGUACCAAGUGCCAGCUGACAACAGACCCACUACGCUGAGCCAGCUGUUGAACUCGAGCUCGCAGGCGAGCAGUGGUUACCAGAGCAACUUCACUGGCAGCUCCGUGUCUUUGGACGCACAGAACUUGUCCGGCGGCGACGGCAGCGGCGUGGUGACCCCCUCAGUGUCCCCCAUCAGCAAGACGCACUCCCCCGCGCCCUCCGCCGACACCGAGCGUGACCAACACGAAAUCACGGAACUGGCAAACAUAAUCUCGGAUUUGCCUCUGUCGGAGCGGCGCGCGGUCGGAUGUGAGAAGAAGACGUUGGAGACCCUGAACAAGCUGUCGCCGAUGUCGGACUACAGGAAGAUGAAGGUUGAGGCCAGCAAGGCCAUGCGUGAAUGCGGAAGCGGUUACCGUGUGCCCACCCCGCGCUGGUCAGGAUACUACUUCAGCCACACCUCGCCUUCCCCCAUCAACCUCAAUGAGACCAAUGAUGACGCCCCCACUCCUGAGAAGGUCUGGAACCGCUCGGAGUUGGUGCGGCCGAAUAUCGUGGAGACUUGCCCGUCGCCGCCGCAAGCGCAGGCCAAGCAAUGCCGCUACCAGCAGCUUUAUGAUUUACUGAGGGACAUCGGACUUCAUAAGUAUAUCGACAUGUUCCGGCAGCACGAGCUGGACAUGUCCACGUUCGCGUCGCUGAGCGAGGCCGACCUCGCGGAGAUCGGCGUCACGGCCUUCGGCGCUCGCCGCAAGAUGCUGCUCGUCAUCGCUGAGUUGCAAAAACAGUCGAGCGCCUACAAGUCCGCGGUGGGAACCGAACGGAAACUUAUCAACUCUCCGCCAUACAAUACCGCCGCCCUCACAAAUGACAAGUGGUAACCGACACCACUUGAUACCUAGCGCUGUCACGUCACUGCAACCAUCAAGAUUUGUUGAACGAAGUAACUGACGCUUAUGAAUAUAUUGAUGAAAAUAAUGAAUUUAUGUCAUACCAAAGUUGGGUCAUUAUUUGUGAUUUAACCUAUAUUAUGUGUUAUAAUCUAUCGUUAAAGAAAGAGCUGGUUUUUAUUUCCGGAUAAAUUAAUGUUUAUUAUACAAUAUUAUUAUGGAAUUAAUCCACUUUUGGUGUGAUAUUAUUUCUAUUAAUGUAUUAAACGAAGAUUUUUUUUGCCAGCAUCGAUAAACAAUGCCGUGAGCGACAGUAUGCUAGGAUUGUACUUGAUUAACAUUUGAUGGAAUUAAUGAACAAUUAUGACUAUUAAUUAAAUAAGAUAGUCGUAUACGCAUUAUCAAGUAUACAAUUCAAGCAGGCGACCGAAUUGAACUACAUCAAGCUCAAGACUGUAAAUGACUGAUAGAGAGGAAAGACUUAUUAAAUUAAAUUAAAUUAUAUCAUAACUCUCGCUACGGGUCAAUAUAAGACUGUUAUAAGAUUAGUUGUCACAUAAUCGAUCACAGAUCUUUAUUAUAGAAAUUAUUAUUUUGUUUGAAGCGUUAACCAAUACACUGUUAAAGACCCUUGAUCGAAAAAUGUGACGAAAAUAGAUGUGAGCUUGAUCACACCAGUGAUUCGUUGAUUUUAUAAGAUUUUUAUCAAAACUAGUUUGUAAGUUAUUUUGUUUUAGAUAUUUUUAUUAUGAUAGCUGAAAGCGAAGCGACGAUUUGAUCUCUAUCACAGACAAUUGUUGAAGUAAACGGGCGGAGCGCCGUUUUCAUAUUAAGUUAAGCAUUAUUCUAUGGAAUUAAUCUAGUAUUAAGAGGAGCAUGUUUUAUUUUUUGAUUUUAGAAACAUUUUAAACGAAUCUACACCGACCGACUAUUUUUGAUUAUCAUUUAUUUGGUUCACCGUUUUACUAAUUGAUUCAUCAUUUCAAAAUGUCUGGUACAUUACAUUUUUAUGCUGUAUUGGCCAAUAGAUCCCUCCUUUUGAUGCCAUAUUUCAAGAAUAUGAUUACAAAGGAAGAAUCAUUAUUGGCGAUUGACUAAUUCCUGUAAAAAAUCAUAACAUCAAAGUAUUUGCGAAAGUUUGGACAGCACAAAAAUAAUUUGACUUGAUUUUAAGAACGACGAAUAAUAACGAUAUCCAGCGAACCCCGGGCCGCCUGGGGAUUUUCUCUCACAGCUGCACAAUUUUAAUCAGUUAACAUUUAUAUAUUUUCCAAUCAUUAUGUUUUUGUGAUUAUGAAUUUAGGUUUUACUUCGCGUGCAUUUUUGAUUUUAACCAUAUUAACAUGCUAAUUUAUUUGAAUGCCUUGAUGUAAUUUUUUUAAAUUCAUGAAUGUGUGUUGGUUAUUUUUAUGGUAAACUUUUGGUACAUAAUGUUUGUGACAGUAUUUUUCAAUAAUUCAGAUAUUUAUCGAACAUCUUGUAAACCAUAGGAUUAUGUAUCGAUUUGUUUACUUAUUUUUUUUUUUUUUAAGUUUAAGAUCAGAUAUGUAAUUGUUUUAAUCAUGAACUUGUGAUUUUGAUCUUUUUAAAGUAUGAUUAUGAGUUGGUUAGACUUUCUUUUAGUGAUUAUGAAAUAUUGCUUUUCUAUAAAAAUUAAUUUGAUAAGUCGAAGAGUACAUUAAGUUAUGCAUUACUAGUUUUUAUCUACUAAAAGUUUUAUAAGGAAGUUUUUGCACGAUUGUUUUUUUUUUGCCCGAGUAAAGAUGAAAAAAUA